AUGGAAAACCUAUCAAUAUUUGCGAUUUUUGAUGGGCAUGGAGGACAGUUCGUCAGUGACUACCUGGAAGCCAAUUUCGCAAAAAGCAUCCGCGAGCGACUUCAAAAAUUUGCAAGCAAACGUCGACUCAGCAUUUGGCAAGCCCCCGGCGCAAAAGAUCCGGUGGAAGAGGCUAUAAUCACGGAAGUGCUAAAGAUUGACGACGCGAUUUCAGGGCUAGACCCGCAAUUUACGUCUAUGUGCGGGUCGACGCUGAUUUCGGCUAUAGUGGAAGAGAAACGCUACGUCACUGUGGUUUCGGUGGGGGAUUCGAGGGCUGUGGCUUGUACGGCCGAGGGGAAGGCAUGGGCGUUAAGUCGAGACCAUAAGCCGAUUGAUCCAAGCGAGCGCCGAUUUAUCGAGGGUGCCGGCGGGUUCGUGUCGUGUACCCCGGAAGACGUCGAGCGAGUGCAGGGAAUCUUGGCUGUGUCCAGGUCAUUUGGUGAUACCUACCUGAAACAACUCGGCGUCCUCACCGCACUUCCAAGCACAAUUCGCAUCGAUCUGAAAGAAAAGAAAUUACGCUACAUCAUCGUUGCCACGGACGGUUUCUGGGACGUUUUCUCGAAUGAAGAGGCUGUAAAGCAAGCUUCAACGUAUCUGAGGGGUUCACGUCGUGGCACUUGGCAUCAAGUGGCCCAACGACUCGUCAACGCCGCAUUAUCAAGAGGAAGUUUGGACAACGUUUCCGUGCUGGUGCUCCGGUUCAAUUGU